GAUGUAACCUUGACCAUAGAUAGAUUUGUAGUGAUGCAAUGAAAAGAUUUAUUUAAAUAUUAUAUAAAUUACCUGGUGACUGGCGUCCACAAUUUAAUAAUUAGAAUCAUGGCAAACUCACGGCCUGCUUUCAACUAUAAUGAUGAAUCUCAGUCGGAUAAAUUGGCCAGGAAGUCUAAGGAUUCUCCUUUCAUGAUUAUAGGUAUCUUAGGACUGAUUGGCGUUUGUGGCGUGGGGGCAUAUAAAUUCAAAACACGAGGUAAAAUGAGUACUAGUGUAUUUCUCAUGCAGUUGCGAGUAGCCGCCCAGGGGACUGUGGUAUCUUGUCUGACCAUAGGUGUGGCCUACACAUUAGCCAAGCAACAUCUAUUUAAGGAUACUAAAAAAGACGAGUAAAUACAAACAAACAUUGGUAAGCUUUCCUUGUUAGUAUGGGCUGUGGAACUUGAUGGCUAUUCAUAAAAUCAGUUUUGAAAAGUUAAUGCUAGGGAUAUAAUUAUUUUGCAUCCACUUUUUAUAAGACAGCAUAAUCACUGAUUAUUAAUCAGCUUCAAGAUCUAUGUUACAAAGAAUGGCAUCUAAGGUUCAGUUGUUCAAAUUAGUUGUUUUUAUAGUUUGUACCUAACCCUGUAGUCUGCUAUGCUAUGCUAUCUUUAAAUUAGUGCACCUGUUACUCAAGUGAUGUUGUAGAUCUGAAUGAAAAAAUACUGGAAUAAUUAGCUAGUAAUUAAGCCAUCACUGUUUAUGUUAUAUUGUACUUAUGUAUGUGCCAUAAUUAUUAACUGUGUAUAAAAUGUCAUUUGAAACCAUGUUUGAAACUUUGAUGAAAAGGGUAUUUGACUAUACUACACAAAUCAUUUGUUUUUUCCUAGAUAAUGUU